AUGGAGGGGCUCGGCGUGGGCAGCGUUUUGCUGACUGGCUGCGACGGGGGCCUGGGGCUGGGGCUGCUGAAGGGCUUGCUGGAGCAGCCCAGCCCCCCUCGGCACCUCUUCGCUGCUUGCCUGGACCCCCAGGGGAAGGCUAUCAACGAGGUGGCUUUGGGCAACCCCAACGUCGUGGUCCUGCCUCUAGACGUGACGGACCCCAACAGCAUCAAGGCGGCAGUCGGGAAGGUGCGGGAGGAGGUGGGAAGUGCCGGCCUCAACCUCCUGAUAAACAACGCCUGCACCACACGCCGCAGCACGCUGGCCACCGAGACGGCGGAGAACAUGACCCUCGUCUACACCACCAACACCAUCGGGCCCCUGCAGACAAGCCAGGCGUUCCUGCCGCUGCUGAUGGAAGCAGCCGAGGCUGAAGGGCAGCGUGGGAUGAGCUGCAGCAGAGCCGCCAUUGUCAACAUCUCCAGCAUCCUGGGCUCCAUCGGGGCGGUGGAGGCUUGGGAGGAGAGGCAGGACAUCUGCUACCGCUGCAGCAAGGCUGCUCUGAACAUGCUCACCAAGUGCCUGGCCCUGGAGUAUGGGGGCAGUGGGAUCCUCUGUGUGUCCGUGGACCCUGGCUGUGUGACACCUCCCUUGGAACAGGGGAUGGGCCCAGCGACGGUGGAGGAGAGCGUGCAGGGCGUCCUGCGGCUGCUGGCCCGGCUCUCAGCCACCAGCAACGGCACCUUCUGGGACUGGAGAGGGCACAGCCUGCCCUGGUGAGAGCGGUGCCAGGCCAUGGCAGCCACCAAGCUCAGUAAAGUUAAUUAAUUACCAUUUCCAGGCUUGCUCUGGUUCUGUGGGGUGAGAACAGGGACCCCCUGCUUGCGGAGUGAGAGCUGCGGUCGCUGCCCCCCCAGGGAUACUGAGCGGUGUGGGGCAGCAGAGGGAAGGAUGCUCCAAGCGUGCUCCUGCAUCCUGGUGCCAGGCUCUGCUGGGGCAUCCCUGGGGUCCUGAGGGGCACAUCUGGAUAUGGCCCUGCUCUGUGGCCACAAGCCACACUGGGUGGGGGCUUGGGGGCACCCCAAGCAGCUCCAGAACCAAGACCAUGGGGCAGCCUUACCGGAGCUCCCCCAAAACCAGUUGGCCUUUCCAUGCCCACCCUAAGGAUGCUGUCAGUCAUUUUUUCUGCUGGUAUAAGGCCAGCAAAGGCUCUUCCUUCUCCAGCAGCCAGAAGUUUCACAGCAGGAGCAUCUCCCAGGCCCUAGCAUGUCCCUAGGGAUGUCUUUUGGGACCUCAGCACCUCACCCUGGGCUGUCCCUCCGUGCAUCCAUCCCAUCUCAUGGUACAUCAAAGACACUGCAAACAGGCUCCGAUUCCCCAUGGAGUGAGUGCAUUUCCGUGGUGACACUCCAUUGACAUUUUUGAAGCCAUGCCUCGAAAGAGGGACCAAAAAAAAAUGUCACAACAGCUCAAGUGGGCCGGCCAUGCAGAGCUUUGGCAAGCCUCGAGCCAGCCAUUUGCUGCGGGGAUGCUCCGGGAAGCCCAGCCGGGUCAUUUUGCUGGGGCAGCUUUGGUUUUCCCACGCUGGAGGAGCAGGGGGGGCAAUUCCCACGCUUGACACGAGGGAGCAGGAGGUGGGCUCUCAGCCCCACGGGCUCAGGCAUCCCCAGGUGGGGCCCUGGACCACCUGGGGGUUAUUUGUUAAAGCCAGCAGGGAUGGGUGAGCGGGGGGUCCCUCUAAUUAAAUCCUUUUAUCAAGUGGUGGAUCACAGUUGGUGGGCUUUAUAUGAACUCUGUGUGGGCUUUAUAUAAACAUGAACCACUAGGCAUGAAGAGGGGAGGAGGAGGAGGAAGAAGAUGACGAUGACGACAACAACGAUGACGACGACGACGAUGAUGAUGAUGACAUUCCAUCUGCUCACGCUGCAGUGCCCACAGCCUCACCUGCACACUCCCAUAGACU